AUGCUGGUCUACUAUGACGAUGAAAGGGUAUGGGCCAACAUAGAUGUGGCUCUAAAAGACCAACUAAUACUCAAGGUGAUCUCAUCUUUGGAAUGUCUGAUCUGUUCCGAGGUGAUGCACGUCCCUUUCCUUGCAUCUUGCGGACAUUCGUUCUGCUACAACUGUCUUAAUGCAUGGUUUGCCAAUAAAGUGAACUGUCCGACUUGUAGGACAGAGCUAGAGCAACCACCGGUUCUUAAUAUACGGCUCAAGGAUAUCAGCAAGAACAUCACUGAUAUCAUCAUCGAGACCAUGGAGGACACACAUCAUAAGGAACAACUAGAAUCAGCACGCCAAUCUAUACUAGAUGAUUAUGAAGAAGCAAAGAACAAGAAGUCAUUGUUUGACGACGCUUUCGAUAGCGCGUUGACGCUUGUGGAUAAUUCCGAUGGUGUUCCCAGAUGCGGCAACUGCCAUUGGGAAGCUCACGGUUCUACGUGUCUACAUUGUGGAGCUCGCUUCAGGGUCCCUAGACAAGAUCUGUAUUUCGAUUCGGAAGAUGGUGACGCCUAUAAUGAAGAUAGAGAAGAGAUAGAGCUCUAUGGCGAAGACCGCGACGCAUACGACUCUGAAGACAGUUUUGUUGAUUCCAGAGGGAUGAAUGACAUCAAUAGAGAGAGGUAUACCGAGCCUGGUGACGAACUUCUAUCUUCGGGAGAUGAUGUCCACUUUGAUAGUGAUGCUGGUAACCUGUGGGGAGGAUUUGGCGAGGACCACUACGACCUUGACGCGGAUGAAUUAGACAGCGACGCGGAAGAUAUGGAACUGGCUGUAAGACGUCUACAUGACCAAGAUUUAGACGACUAUGGUCAAAACGAAAAUUCCCUGUGGUCGAUUCAGGAAAUCUCCUCUGGCAGUGAACUCGACAGUGAACCUGAGCCAGCGUCACAGCGUGGCAGAAGAAACCGUACUGUGAUUGUCGAUCUGGACCUGGAAUAA